AUGAAACUCUCAAUAAUCGGCCAAGCACAUUUCGUUUUCACAUUUAUAUGUCACUACCUCCUAUUUACUUCUUAUUUCCACCAAUUCCUUCCUAACAUUACCCUAAGACAUAUUAAAAGCCUUGCUUCUUUGUGUAUUUCAGGAUGUGGAAUCGGUUAUAGUUGUGGCGCUUAUGGCUGUUAUCGUAGUCGAGCUCGAGUGCAUGGCGCUAACACAGUACGAGAUGGACCGAUACUUAGAGGAGCUGAUAGAUUCUCACAAUUUCGACGUCCGACACAGACAAGCGAUCCCAAUGUGCUGUUCAUGGACUGUUGCGAACAGAGAGGUCUACCGGAUGCUUGUCUUCGUCACUGCACUUACAAUACCUUUAGAAAAGAAUCGUUGAUUCGCAUGUACUUCAAGCAAGACGCAUGUCCUAUACAGGCAACGGCCGAAAUUCAGUUCUGCGCUGCACAAGGAAGAGAUCAUCGUGCAUGUUGUGAAAGGAAUGGUGUUACAACAACACUAGCUGGAGCCAAGUGUUUGACAUUCUGUGAUCAACGACCAGGCAAUGUCACAAUGCUCGAUAUGUCGUAUGUACCAUGCUAUGAACGUUUCGAAAACAUGAAAGCAUGCUUCUGGCAUGAUACCGUCAACAGGCUCAAAAAAUAA